AUGUUCUGAGGAUAAAUAUGGAGUGUGAACUAGAAAGGAAUGUAACUUUAUUGCGAGGCUUUUGCAUACGCAAAGGCCUAAUGGGUAAGGUGAAAAACUGUGGUGAUGCAACUUUAACUUCAAAUCGAUUGUGUUAUGAUGAUGGUGAUUCAGAACAAAUUAUACCGGUAUCCCGGAUCCAGGACUGUCAACUAAAGAAACUGGGAACACAAACUUAUAUUAAAAUUAAAUCUGUGGAUGCUAUUUAUUAUAUAACCUACGAUGGUGAUAUUGCAGACCUACAUCAAGAACUAACUAAUCUCCUAAAGAUUCAUGAAACAAGAAAUGUGAUUGGGCGGUCGGCAUCUGUUGGCGGAGUGUCUAGAGUUGUUCAAAUGAAAUAUGAAAGGGUGGCGGAUGCAAAUGAAUUGCGUAUGAAUGUUAUGGCAGACCUGAAUGGACUUAAAAAAAAGUCAAAGAAGGUGCUUAAUAUGGCACGCCAUAUAUUCGCAGAGAAGCAGACAUUGUCCAAAACAUUCGGUGCACUAAAUCUAAAUAUUUUCGAAACUGAAGGUCAAACAGUAAAAUCAAUGGAAACUACCGAAAUCUUGGUACGCCUCUUGAAGGAACAUAAGUUUAUUCUGCUACAAGACCUUUUUUGCAUGGUCAACCGAAUGCGUCUGUGUGAUCUGUUGACCGCAAAAGAACUAAGAGCAAACGUAGAACUGUUACAGGAAGAGAAGAUAUGUAAACUUGUUGAUAUUCAAGGGGUUUGUACCAUCGUAGCUAACGAUGUUAUGGACCUUUUGGAAGAUAUAGCAAAAAUAGUUGAGGUAGAUCCUAUAACACCACUGCAGCUAGCAGAGAUCCAAUCCAUCUCUAUAUCGUUGGCUGAAUACAAGCUAAGGUAUGCAGAAUUGGAAGGGGUUGUAACACGUGACGAUGCAACGUAUUACACCCAAUAUUACCGAAACCCCUUUUUGAAAUGAACCAAACUAAUCGUAAACAUUUUUCUCUUUAUAUUAAUAG